AUGAAUGGUAGAAGCCAGAAAAAUUCUCGAGCAUAUUCGAAACAAAGAGAGGCACGAGGAAAAAGGGAGUUGAAAGCGCGUCAAGAACGGCUUAGGCAAGCACAGGAAACACGAAAACGGGAAGAAGAGGAGAAAAAGAAACAUGCUGACAGUGCAGAAGGCUUCGGUGGUUUUGGUAUGCCAAACAUGCCAAAAGGAUUCGAGAAAAUCUUCCAAGACUCGGAAGUUAUGAGUCUGUUACAAGAUGAAGGCGUCCUUGCAGCCUACAUGGACAUCAUCAAUAACCCGGCUAACAUCGCAAAACAUAUGUCAAAUCCGAAAGUGAUGAAACUAUUCAGCAAAAUUGGCAAUGUUACUGGUGGAUUCGGCAUGGACAGCGAGAAUCCUGAGAUGAAGGAAACGGCAGCAAACGGUGGAACUACAACAAACACCACUCCACCAAACAAAGCUCCUGAACCGGAUCUUGACUGA